AUGGUGUGGAAGUCAAUAUGGAAAUUGGAUGUAACCCCCGUGACUAAGAUGUUUCUAUGGCGUGCAUGUAACGAGGCGCUUUCCACCAUGGCUAAUCUGAAAAGGAGGAAGUUAGUGGAAGAUAAUUCAUGUCUGAUUUGUACACAGGAAGCUGAAACUACUGGCCAUGUGCUAUGGGGUUGCAAUGCGGCUAAAGAUGUGUGGAAUCAAGGUGCUAGAAAGGUGCAAAAAAUGUCCCACCACAAUGACAUUUUCUUUGAUAUAUGGUCAGUAAUGGUAGACACACUUGAUCCACCUGAUCUUAAUGAGACUAAAGUAGAACUUCUAGCCUACAAUGAGGUCUUACAAGAAUCACAAGAAGCAAGUGUCAAGGUUCAAGCAGAGGUCCACAAUUGGAAAAAACCUGAGGAAGAGUGGCUCAAGGUCAACUGGGAUGCGGCUGUAAACUCGGGGGAGGGGAGAAUAGGAAUUGGAGUUCUUAUCAAGGACCAUAAUGGCCUAGUCAUUAGAGCCCUUCAUGUUAAUAGGUCUCUGAAAGGAAAUCCGUUUGAUGCUGAAGCGUAUGGCUUACUCAUAGCAGUUGUCUUCUGUAGAGAGCUUGGUCUGCAGCAGCUAUGCGUUGAAGGGGACUCAAAACAAGUAGUGGACUUAAUGAAAAAUCACACUACGAACUGGAGCAUGGGUGGAUGCCUUAUAGGCGACGCAAGACAAGUGCUAGACUCCUUUACUCACUGGACAGUUUCACAUGUAUUUCAAGAGGCAAAUUCGGCAGCACACUGCCUAGCAAAUGAUGCUCUUGGACGCUUAGAAGAUCUUUAUGACAUUGAAAUAUGCCCACCUUGUAUUUUCUCUAUUGUUGCCAAGGAAAUGUUGUAA